CUCCUACGAGGUCAGGUAAAUCUUUUUUUUCCUUUUCUACCGAAACCAAAUUCUAAUUUGCCAAAUCUUACCUCGUUUACUGGAAAUCUCUAAGGUAUGGAGGUGAUGCAAAUUCCGGUUUUUGAUGGAGACAACCAUGAGAUUUGGAGCAUAAAGAUGAGGACUCUUUUGAUGGCUCGUGACCUGUGGGAUGUUGUAGAGAGUGGAGUCUCUGUAGAGAAAAAUCUGAAAACCAAGGACAUGAGGGCUCUUCAUAUGCUGCAAAUGUCGGUAACAGACUCUCUUUUUCUCCGGAUAGCAAGAGCCACAUCGUCAAAGCAAGCGUGGGAGAUUCUCAAGGAAGAAUUUGGAGAGACCCAUAAGAUCCGGCUUAGGAAAACGGGGAAUCUUAGGACCAAGUUUAGAGGAAUGAUGAUGGAGGAGGAGGAAAGCGUUGCUGUUUAUACUAAAAAGCUGAUGGAGGUUGUGAAUCAGCUUAAGUUCUAUGGGUCUGACAUUUCUGAUGAGGAAGUCAUCCGUAAGAUAUGUUGCAGCUUGCUCUCAAGGUUUGAUGGUAUUGUAAGCUCCAUGUGCGGUGGAAAUAUGACACUCACUGACGUUGUGUGGUGCCUGCGAGCGUGGGAAUUCGAUACAGAUGAGCGUGAGAAGAGAGAAGCUCCGCACAACCACAACAAGAGAAGGAGACAAUAGAGAGCUUUUUCAAGCUAUCUUUUAUUCUGUUUCUGAAAAACAAUUUAGGAAGUAAAUGUUGCUACGUUGGAGACUGAGAUGUGUUUUAUACUUUUGAUGAUGAAACAAAACAGUCUCAAAAUGUUAUAUUUUAGUAGUUUUUCGUGGCUCUUUGAUGUUAA